CAUUGCCAGAAUCAAAAAGAAAGGAGUAACCUCAUCAGCUUCAAAGCAAAGGCUACGCAAACCCACACUCAAAUGUCCACUGUCAGAGUUCAAGUUUCGGCGUGUGCGCUUUCCGCCACCGUCAACCACCUUCGCCUCCGCCCAAACGUCGUCGUUUCAUUCAACAACCAUUUCGCUUUCAGACCCCAAAGAAAGCCUCUCUGCGUCUCUCUGUCUUCCGUUCCUCCUUCCCAACCCUUUGAAGUCGCCGUUAAAGCUUCCGUCACCACACCCAAUAGGCUCGGCGACUGCCCUUUUUGCCAAAGAGUAUUGCUGACACUGGAGGAAAAACAUCUACCUUAUGACCCCAAGUUGGUGGAUUUGACCAACAAGCCAGAAUGGUUCCUUAAAAUCAAUCCUGAGGGUAGAGUUCCUGUGAUAAAGUUUGAUGAGAAGUGGGUUCCAGAUUCAGAUGUUAUCACACAAACAUUGGAAGAGAAGUAUCCUAGCCCGCCAUUGGUGACCCCUCCUGAUAAGGCAACAGUGGGCUCAAAGAUCUUUUCUACAUUUAUUGGGUUUCUCAAGAGCAAAGAUCCCAAUGAUGGAACACAGCAAGCGUUACUAAGUGAACUGAGCUCUUUCAAUGAUUACCUCAAGGAAAAUGGUCCUUUCAUCAAUGGUAAAGAGAUAUCUGCAGCAGACCUGUCACUUGGACCAAAGCUAUACCAUUUGGAGAUUGCUUUGGGGCAUUAUAAGAAAUGGGCAUUGCCUGAUUCACUUACCUCUUUGAAGUCUUAUAUGAAGACCAUUUUCUCAAGGGAAUCGUUCGUUAAAACAAGUGCACAACCACAGGAUGUCAUUGAAGGUUGGCGUCCGAAAGUGGAGGGCUGAUAUGCACUCACCCUGUUCUAUCAUUUCCAU